UCCGGAAGCAUGACAGAGCGGAAAUAAGAAGAAAGGAGCUGUCUGUUAUGCCCUCCAACCGGCACGGUACUGCUACAGAUCCAUAAACAUGACCUGAGCUUCCAGUAUUGUACUGAGGACACAGAACUGCAUACAUCAGCUACAGAUGAUAAAUAUCAACUUAAUAAGAUUGAGGAACAUCAAAGGACAUUAAAGACUGCAUGCAGAGGAAGCACGCUUAGUUCAGACAGGACUAUUUCUUACUAUAAAACAGUAUAAGCUCUCACUCAGAGCCCACAAGCUGCAAAGGGCCCUGCAAAAAAAUGUGGGGCUUUUGGAUUCUGCUCUGGCCUGCUCUUUUUACAGAGUCCUUUGCCUCUAGGACUGAUUAUUUGGAGCUGCUGUUUGGGAAUCAGUUGACUAUCAAGAUGCCGAGUAGUUGGUCAGACUCUAUGGAUUUCACAUCUGUGGAUGAAUCCCAGCAUUACACUAUUUGGUCCAAGAAAUCUUCCCGCAGUGGAAGAGGAGCAGUGAGAGGAAGUGGUGAUGAUAGGCGCUACGUAGUUAGCUAUGUGAAUUUUGAUGAUCAGGGAACAUACACUCAGCGGAACUUCUGGAACAAAGUGACUUAUGUCGCCAAAGUAAAGGUUUUUCCAAAAAAAUACACAAAGGAUUGUGUGGCUGGUGAGACUCUCAACAUUUUACUGGAAGGUAUUAAGCGGGAUGAUGCCAGUCUGAGAUUCUCCAGCCAAGAUGUGAACCUCAUGCUGGUGCAGCGAGGCUCACCUGCAGAGAAUCUCCUUGAUUUUUCUGGACGCAUCAAAGUGACCACAAGCAGUAUCCAGGUUCUGAAUGUCAACGUGUCAGAUUUGGGAAACUACACUCUCUUUGAUGGUGAGGGUCGUAAGGCCAUUACCGUCCGUUUAAACUUGAUUGAUCAUCAUGAAGGCAUUGAUGCAAGUCCUCUCAUGGCUCUUAUGCUGCUGCUGGGCAUACCGGUCGGAGUUUGUUGUUGCUGUAGGAAGAGAAUCUUUAAAAAGAGCAGCCAGUCCACUGCCAUGACUACAGUCUUGUCCGAAAACGUGGUUCCCCCUCCUGGGCCCCCACCUGCUUACAACAACCCUGUGCCUCCUGCAGGCCACAGCCCUAUGUACACUCCUGGUUAUCCCACUGAUGGUGCGAGUACGAUGCAUCCUCCUCCUGCUGACCCUGCAUUUCCUCCUCAGCCACAGUACAGUGGGCAACCUGUUAUGCCCCCUAACCCUGACCCCAAAUGUCCACCUGCGUUUGGAUAUCCACCUGCCCAGCCUCAGUGGCCUGGUCCUUCAUAUAACUCACCAGCUCCUGCAAUGUACCCUCCUACUUAUCCUGCUCCAGGUGACAGUACAGUUCAUCCUCCUCCCUCUGGCCCAUCAUUUCCUCCACAACCACAGUAUGGAGGACAACCUGCCAUGCCUCCUAACCCUGGUUUUACCCCAGUGAUGUAUAAUGCCCCUCCUGGCUCUCAAAAUGAGGGAAAUAAAGGGGAUAUAAAGACGAAUGAAAUAUCUUCUGCCACUCCUCUGCUUGGACCUUCUAAUCUUGAGGUGGGACCACCUCCAGCCCCUUAUACUGGCAUUGACAUCCUUAACUCUAACUCCGCUGCCCAGUUCAACAUUGACACAGGAAAGAGCUCUUCUUACAACUUCCUGUAGUUAAGCCUCCUUUACCUCCACACAGAGUGUUCAGUAAAAGAGUCAGGAGCAGGGACAGCCGUCCUUUCACGAUAGAGUGUAAUAUUCAUCAAAGUGAUAUUCAGGUUCAUAAAAGGAAAGAUGGAUGUUCACUCUUUUCUUGUGAAGGGAUUGUGCUCUCUAGAAACACUUGAAUACUGAUUUUUUUUAUUAGUAAGAUUAAACAUAUCAGGGUCUGCAGAUAGAAUGCUACUUCAUAUACUAAUGAGCUGGUUUUGACUGGUGAUUAAAAAUGUUGAACUCAAUGCUGCCUUGAACUGAAACUGUUCAUUAGCAGUUUUAGAACAUUUGUUACUUUUCUUGUUUCAUUUAAAAAAAAAAAGAAUUAAACAAUUUUUAAGAAUAUGAACCAUCAUUUAAGUAAUGUGUAUAAGUAUUAAGUAUUGCACUCUGCUAAUUGUCUUCCUCUCAGUGUAAGUUGUAUGUAGUACCAGUACUGAGAUCUUUCUGCACCAAGCAGUUCAGUGCUUUUCCUGCUCUAACAUCAGCUAAUUACUAAGCCAUCUGUGAGUUGAAUGUAGAGAGAAAGAGCAGGGAAAACACAACACACACAUUGCAUUAAAAAGUUCUUACUGACACAAGCACUUAAUAUUCAUAUAUUCAGAGAUAUUCAGAAUAUACUCCACACAACCUUCCAGUGAUCAAGAUUUAGGUCCCUUGACCAGAAAUCUGUUGUUGUUGAAUAUUCCCCAAUUGUAGAUACUUAAUACAUAUGAUUCCUGCCAGUUGCCAGUUUACUAGGUACACCUACCUAGGAACCUGUCGUACUUCUUUACUUUGCAGAAUCCAUGUAAAUGUGAAUCUAGGCAAAUAUAUACUGCAGGGUGUGUUUUGCAUGAAUGUUGUGCCCUAUAGAGCAGUAGUGCCCAGCCCUGUCCUAGAUACCCCUCCCCUGCACACAUUUGUGUUUUGUCUGCUGUAACACAUACACUUUAACUCAGGAAGAGCUGAUUGGGUGUGUUGGCGAGCUGGAAAACACUAAAAUGUUUGGGGCAGUCUUGCUUCAUUACCAGGAUUAGGAACCAGGGGUCCAGUUCACAAAAGUCUUUCAAGUGUGUGGUUUUUUUUUUUUCCAAUUUCAUAUUUAAAAAAAAAUUAAGAUGAAUUGUUACUCUUCAAAAAGUGUCUUAAGAAUCUCAUUUCUUUGUUAGCUAUUCUUUUAAGAACAUUUCUAGUAAGUGAUAUUCUUGAAAAAAGUUCUUAAAUAUUUACUUACCCUUAUGAGAGCCUCAUACUUACCUUAGAUGUAAAUGUUGAGAAGAUAAGCCUCUAAAACUGUUAACUUCUAAAGAAUGUCACAAAAUAUAAUAAUUAAUAUAGACUAUAGAUUUUUUUUCCCCCUGUUGGCCAUUUCCUCCACUGUGAUUUCUAGUUCUUGUUUUGCUAAAAUCUGAUGAAAAUUUGGUUCAGUUUUUAGAUCUGCAUUUAAGAACAUUCUUAUGAACUUCUCAAUGUUUGUCUUAGGAUCUUUUAUAAUUUUUUUUAUAAGGAAAGCUUUUGUGAAUCCAGCCCCAGGGCUGUAGAGGAAGAGUGAAACUGCUACCUCUGGGCAUUAAUGAAUUACUAUUAUUAUUAUUAUUAUUAUUAUUUUAUUUUCUAUUAAUAUAAUAUUUUUUUGUGUGUGUGUUAGCCCAUAAAUGCGGAAGGAAGGUGUAGAGCUAAAGUUACUGCGAGAAAACUGAAUAUCUUAUUGCGGCUGUAUAACUGUAGUAACUGUCUUCAGAUAAUCAUUACAGUGGUGAGACUGGAAAACUCAAUAAACAGAUGAGGAGACCAACACGCUAAAAGCUAAAGUUAGCAGUGUUAGAUAAGGUUAUAUAGGUACCUGGCUUUUAGAAACCCUACCUUAGUUUGUCUCCUUUUCUGUGGCUUAAAGGGUAAAAAACUUACCUCUGGCACCCAUUUUGUGCUAAAUAAAGACUGAAUUGCUGUUUUCUUUAUGAUUUAGAUUGACGACAAGUAAGUGUUAUGCUAAUUCUAGCCUGGCUGUAUUAAUCCGCCUGUAGCCCAGUGGCAAGAUUAGCAGUCAAAAUUGGUUGACACCACCAAGAUUCCCAAAGGUUGUAUGAUGUAUUUAUGUAAUGCAUGCAGGAUGUUGUAGUAAGAGAACAUUUAAUAAGCGAAAACAUGCAAAUGAUGUAAAAUCAUACAUUCUGUCAGACUGGUGAGGCUGAAGGACAUGUGGGCUACAGAGUACUGUAUGAAAUGACAACAUUAAACUGUGAUUUUAGGCUGAAAUGCCCUUUAAGUAGGAAGACAACACAUUCAUUCUGUUUAGCUCAUCAGAAGCUUUUCUUUGUGAGACAACUAAAUAAGAGUGAUGUGGCCAGUCGGCCUUUAACACAUUUUUAGAGGUUUUUAACAGUGAUGUGUGCCGACCUAUUUCAUCUGCUUUGUAUGGUAACACAAAGGUGUAUUAGUUUUGUUUGUUGGAUGAAGGGAAACUUUUCCAUUUUUUUGGACUCUGAAAUGUGCCAUUUUGCUUAUUUAUUUUUUGUUUAAUUAAUAUGAGCUAGUUCAUUUAACUGGAAUGAAUAUUAUAUGUUGGCCAGUUAGAAUAUACCCUAUAUGGACAAAAAUAUUGGGACACCUACACAUUACAACUACAGAAGCUUUUAUAAAAUCUUCUCUAAAUCCAUAGGCAUUAAUAGGGAGUUACUCCCCCUUUUGCAUCUGUAACAGCUUCCGCUCUUUUGGAAAGCUUUCAACAAGAUUUUGGAGUGUGUGGGAAUUUUUAUCAGUUCAUCCAGAAGAGCAUUUGUGAGGUCAGACACUGAUGUUGGAAGAGAAGACCUGGCUCACAAUCUCCAUUCUAGUUCAUCCCAAAGGUGUUUGACGGGGUUGAGGUCAGGGCUCUGUGUGGGCCAGUCAAGUUCUUCCACACCAAACUGAGGUGGAGUUAUGCUGGAAUAGAAAACUUCCCUAAACUGUUCCCACAAAGUUGGAAGCAUACAAUUCUCCAAAAUGUCUUGUGCUGAAGCAUUAAGAUUUCUCUUCACUGCACCACUUAUCAGAUUUUGGCUGCAUCCCAAACUCCAGACUAACAUAUUACUCUAUGUAGUAGCUGCCUUUGCCUCAAAUGGACUCCAACAGUCAAACACCAUGUUGCUUGACUGAGAGGAAUCUGUUUCAGAGACACAAAUAAACAUACACUAUAUGGACAAAAGUAUGGGGACACACCUCUUAAUCAUUAAAUUCAGGUAUUUCAUUCAGUCUCAUUGCCACAGGUGUAUAAAAUCAAGCACUAUUCAUGCAGUCUGCCUUUGCAAGCAUUUGUGAAAGAAUGGGUUGUUCUAAAGAGCUCACUGAGUUUGAGUGCAGUACUAUGAUAGACUGCCACCAUUGCAACAAGUCAGUUUACAAAAUUUCUUCACAAUCAGCUGUGAGUGGUAUUGAAAAGUGAAAGCGUUUAGGAACCACAGCAACUCAGCCACGAAGUGUCAGACCACGCAAAGUUACAGAGCAGGGUUGCCGAGUGCUGAGGCGCAUAGUGCAUAAAAGGUGCGAACGCUCUGCUGACUCAAUAACUGCAGAGUUCCAUACCUCCACUGGCAUAAAUAGCAGCACAAAAACUGAGCACUGGGAGCUUCAUGGCAUGAGUUUCCAUGACCGAGCAGCUGCAUACAAGCCUUACAUCAUCAAGCACACUGCCAAGCGUCUUAUGGAGUGAUGUAAAGCAUGCCGCCACUGAACUCUAGAGCAGUGGAAACAUAUUCUGUGGAGCAACAAAUCACGCAUCUCUAUCUGAAUGACUCUGGGUUUGGCAAAUGCCAGGAGAACAUUACCUGCCUGACUGCAUUGUGCCAGCUGUAAAGUUUGGUGGAGGAGGGAUAAUGCUACGGUCUUUAAGGGUUGGCCUAGGUGUUUGACUGUUGGAGUCCAUUUGAGGCAAAGGCAGCUACUACAUAGAGUAAUAUGUUAGUCUGGAGUUUGGGAUGCAGCCAAAAUCUGAUGAGUGGUGCAGUUUAACAUGACUUUUGCGUAAUGUUGAAAAUUGGAUAUUGCAGCAAUUUAAAUAAGUGCUACUGUUUUUCUUUUUUUGUUGCUUUGCGUUUAUUUAACCAUUCCCUUUGUACAGACACUCUAAUCUUUGGUUAGUUAAAAAUGUAUCCAGUUGAAAAAAUCACACUUUGUAGGCUGUACUAACAAAAGAUGACCAACUAAUUAACUACACAAAUACAUACUUUCAGUGGCACUUGGGAAGAUUAUAAUGUAGAUUUUCAGCCUGGCAUGACAUGCAAAUGGAACAAAGAAACACCAGAACAUGAGAUCCACUCUGCGUUAGAGAAUAAAAUGGACAAACUUAUCCAGAAGAAGACUUCUAAGUAAUAUUUUAGUUUCCAACCAAAUGAACAUGGAAAAUCAUUGGAUUUUAAUCAUGCCACUUGUGCAGCUCAUAUGUGGUGCUUCAUAACUGAAUUUGGAUCACCAUGGUAACGUUUAUCGCAAUAAUUCUGCGAACAAUAGUUCUUUGUCUAGAUUUACAUUUGCAAGCUUAGAUGACAUGCUGUAAACCUUUGUUGAAUUCAGGUGUGAUUUAGCUGGUCGUAGCCCAUCUGUUUACCUGGCCUUUCUCUCCAUUGUCCUUUGACCAUUGCUUUAUUGCAACACUAUAUUCAUGCUAUGCUACAAGGUCACUCAUUUCAGCACACAAAUUAACACUAACUGGUGCUAGAAAUGCUGAUCUUACUAUUUUGUUUUAUCUCACUGUACAGUCAUGUGACAUAUGACUUGUUGCAGUUUGUGUGAAGGUGGGGAGGUUUACCUAAUAAACUGGCAACUCAGGGUAUGUCAGAGUUACUACAGUGGUUCCCAGAGUCAGUCCUGGGCACCCCAUUUUCUGCAUGUUUUUCCAUACUCAAACACACUUCAUCCACCACACGAGGGGUUUGUUUAUCAAGUGAGCUGGAUCAGCUAGAUGAAGGAAGUUCCUAAAAUGGGCAUAGCAUUGGGUUCCCAGGACUGACCUUAGGAAAACCCUGGUUUACUACCUCAUAUUCUCAUUAUGGCUGCAAACAUUAUUCCUGCAUUGUACAAAAUCCCUUUAAAAUUGUACCUCAUUAUCUAGUGCCUGAGAUGAUAAUAGAUUAUUAUGCUAAUAACCCCUAUGAUAUUUAGUCAGGUAUUUUCACAUUUUUAUUUCUUGCUGUACUGUCAGGUUCAUUAUUCAUAUGUAAUCAGUAUGUUGGUACCUAAUGUUGCUAUGUGUUUGAUACUGAAUAAAAUUCUUUUAUCUCUGCUAGUAUUUAGGAAUGCUAACACUAGGAUGUAGUGUAAGUUAUAAUGAUGUAGUUAAACUAGCCAGUCUCAUAACUGUUUUAUAUCAAUAGGUAUGGAAUGGCACUGUAUUUAAUGUGCUCUUUACUUAUGUAUACACAUUAACCAAAUUAAUAAAGUGAAGUGCAAUAUAUUAUGUUUUAUGCUACAUGUGCACUACUUAAAAUUACAGCAUCCCCAGCAUAAAACUCCUGUUUCAGCUACACCUAUUGCUAACAGGUGGAUGACAUCUAGCACAUAGUUAUGCAGUCUCCAUAGGCAGACAUUGGCAGUAGAAUGGUUAAUACUGAAGAGCUCAGUGAUUUUAAAUAUGGCUCUGUCAUAGAUUUGCACCUUUGCUACAAGUCAGUUGGUGAAAUUUCUGUAAGUUUUAUUAAUGUGAAAAGGAAGUUUCUAGAAACAAUGACAGCACAACCACAAAGCAGAAGAUCAUGCAAACUCACAGAGCAGCGCCGCCAAAUAAGUCCCUUACCUGUUCCAGAAUGACUCUGCCCCUGUGCACAAAACGGGGUUCAUAAAGACAUAGUUUGACGAGUUUGGUUUAUAGGAACUCCAGUGGCCUGCAAAGAGCCCUGACUUCAACCCAUUUUUACACCGUUUGGAUUAUUUGGAAUGUUGAUUGUGAGUCAGGCCUUCCCAAAGUCAGUGCCUCAUUUCACAAUGGUCUUUUGGCUGAAUGGGCACAAAUACCCAGUGACACACUUCAAAAUCUUGUGGGGGCAGCUCUAUAUGAAUGGGAAGUCCAACAAACUUAUAUAGGUGUGAGGGUCGGGUGUCCACAUACUUUUCCACAUACAAUUAAGCCUGCAGCAGUUCAGCCUGACCCGUUCAUGUCAGACCCAUUAAUAUAAUACUGCUUACCUCAUCGUGUUUUCUAACACGGGCGAGAGGAAAUUUACCCAGCCAUUUUACUAACAGUCCCUUCACUAUUUAGAAUUUGAUCAUGCUCCUCUUAAUGUUAGUGUUGAGUCCUUUGAGGAUCCUACAUCCAUGCAAUUUCUGUGAUUUACAGUAAUAAACAGACUAUGGAAAUGAA